CUGAAUUUCGCUUCUCUCGGACCACUUUUCCAUUCUUCACCUCGUGUUGCUCUCACCGACGAUGUGACCGAGUACACUGUCCACGCUAUCAAGCACAUCUUUACCAACCAUGUUGUGGUGCAGCUUGAUUGCAAGAACACACUCAAUGAUCAGCUGCUCGAGAAUGUGACUGUGGAGCUUGAAGACGGUGAAGGAGAAUGGACUACGGAACAUGUAAUUCCGAUUGAUAACCUGCCUUAUAACGAAACUAAGUCUACUUAUGUGCUGAUGGAGUUCCCAGAAUCAGGUUCGGUCACUGGAAACUUCGCUGCAACUCUGAAGUUCAAUGUGAAGGAUGUUGACCCAACAACGGGUGAAGCUGAAUCGGAUGAUACCUAUGAGGAUAGCUAUGUGCUAGAAGAACUCGAAAUUGCCGUGGGUGACCUGGUUGCACCAGUCGUGAAGCAGAAUUUCAUGGCAUCGUGGGAGGCACUCGAAGGAGCAACAACUGUCGACGAAACCUUCCAUCUAACGACGGUUAAUACAUUAGCGGAAGCGAUUAAGAAGGUGUCAGAACUUCUCGGAAUGGCCCCUUGUGAGCGUAGCGACCGCGUUCCCGAAGGCAAAACGCAACACUCCACAAUGCUAGCAGGGGUUUUCCGUGGCGGAUUCGAGGUACUGUUCUCAAUCGAGCAUUUGCUUAGUAUGAAAAAUUUCUCAUCGAAUCACUGCAAAGCAUCUGAAUGUGAAUGGAAUAUUUUUUUCGGAGAAGUCCUUUUGAGUUUCUCAGUCACGUUAGUUAAAGAUGUAUUUACCAUCUUCUGUUUUGAAAGAAAUUCAUCGUAUCAUAUUAAGGUGCUGGCGCGGUUGAAUGUUGCGAUGGAUCCGGCAGAUAAGUCAAUCAAUAUGAACAUUCUCGUGCGUUGUAAGCAGUCCGACGUGCGGAGUUUGUUGCCAGUGCUAUUGCGUGAAAUGUGCAUACCUAAAAUGUUCUAA